GAUGGAGUAAUUAGGGGAGGGGGGAUGGGUAAUUGGGGGAGGGGUUAAUUAGGGGAAGGGUCCCUAAUUAGAGGGGGGGAGGGGUAGAUACGGUGGGGGAGGGGCCGGUGGGUGGGGGAGGGGCCGUCACCACCGCUGGAUGCUGCUCCUGUGGGGGGAGGGGCGGGGGGGGUGUCACCCCAUUACCCACAAUCCCCGCGGGACCCAGGCGUCCGGGCCCCUCCCCCCCUUCCCCCGUUGCUGCGGCAGCGGCCGCGUCGCCAUGGAAACAGGAACCGGGGUCACCGGGGGGUCACCGGGGAUGUCACCCCCCCCUCGUGGGUACCCGGUGUCACCAUCGGUGUCACCCCCAUUGUCACACGCCCGGUGUUGGUGUCACACACCCGAUGUCACCAUUGGUGUCACCCCCGUUGUCACACACCCGGUGUCACCAUCAGUGUCACACACACAGUGUCACCCCCAUUGUCACACACCCUGUGUUGGUGUCACACACCUGGUGUCACCCCCAUUGUCACACAGCCAGUGUCACCAUCGGUGUCACACACCCGGUGUCACUGUCACACUCAUUGUCAUGCUCCGUGUCACCCUUAUUGUGACACACUCGUGCCACACACGGUGUCACUGUCACACUCGGUGUCACACACCCGGUGUCACCCUCAUUGUCACACGCUCAUUGUCACACACACGGUGUUGUUGUCACACUCACUGUCACACCUGAUGUCACACCCGGUGUCACACACACCGUGUUGGUGUCACACGGUGUCACCCCCAUUGUCACACACAGGGUGUCACUGUCACACUCAUUGUCACACACUCACUGUUGGUGUCACACUCGUGGUCACAGUGUCACACACCCGGUGUCACACACACAGUGUCACUGUUACACCCGUUGUCACACACCUGUUGUCACACACCUGUUGCCACACACUCGGUGUCACACUCAUUGUGUCACACUCAUGGUCACACACCCAUUGUCACACACCCAGUGUCACUGUCACACGGUCACUGUCACACUCGCGGUGUCACCGUCGCUGUCACACACCCGCUGUCACCGCCACACUCCCAGUGUCACACACGUGGUGUCGGUGUCACACACCCGGUGCAACAACCUCAUUGUCACACUCGCUGUCACACACGUGGUGUCAUUGUCACACACAUCACACUCGCUGUCACACACAGGGUGUCACACACUCGCUGUCACACUCAUUGUCACACUCAAUAUCACAUUCACUGUCACAGUGUCACGCUCAUCGUCACUCUCGCUGUCACGCUGUCACACACAUGGCAUCAUUGUCACACUCGUUGCACUCACUGUCACCCUCAUUGUCACACUCACUGUCACACACAUGGUGUCACAACCAUUGUCACACACAUGGUGUCACACACGUGGUUUCACACACUCGCUGUCACACUCACUGUCACACACAUAGUGUCACACUCAUUGUCACACUCACUGUCACACACUCAUUGUCACACUCACUGUCACACUCAUUGUCACACAUUGUCACACUCGCUGUCACACACUCAUUGUCACACUCAUUGUCACACUGUCACACACAUGGUGUCACACACUCACUGUCACACACUCAUUGUCACACAUUGUCACACUCACUGUCACACACUCACUGUCACACACUCAUUGUCACACUCAUUGUCACACUCCUGUCACACACACGGUGUCACACUCACUGUCACACACUCACUGUCACACACUCACUGUCACACACUCAUUGUCACACUCCCUGUCACACACAUGGUGUCACACACUCGCUGUCACACUCGCUGUCACACCCGCUGUCACCCGCUGUCCCGCCCCCAUCCCCGUCUCCAUGGCAACCGCCGCGAUCGGGGAUCCCCCUCCCCCCCUCCCCAUCCCUCUCCCCUCCCCCCGCGCCGCCGCCGUCACUUACCGGGGGGUCCGGGGGGGUCCGGGGGGUCCCGGUGCCGGGGGGGGGUCCGGGGGGGAAAUUUGGGGGUUCCCGGGGGGGGGGUCGCGGGGUUCCCGGGGGGAUUCGGGGGAAUUGGGGGUCCCAGGGGGUAUUUGGGAGUCCAGGGGGGUAUUUGGGGGUCCCGGGGGGGGAUUUUGGGGGUCCCGGGGGGGUUUGGGGGUCCCGGGGGUCCCGGUGCCGCCGGCGGCUCCAGCGGCCGCUGACACGCGGGGGGGGUCCGGGGAUGGGGGGGGGGGGCGGCAGCAGAUUGGCUGAGCGCAGCCAAUGGGGGCGGGGGGGCGUGGCCUGCGCUGUUCCCCCCCCCCGGUUUCCUCCAUUAAGAAAAGAGCGGCUGUCAAUCAGCGGAGGGCGGGGCCAGUGCCACAGGUGGGCGGAGCCACGUCGGGGGGGUGUGGCCGUUACCAUGGAAACGUCGGGGGCGUGGCCAUGGGAUGCCACGCCCCUCAAUCCAUUGCCCCUCCGCAAUCCCGCCCACUGGUGGGCGUGGUCAUCGCACCGGCCACGCCCACUUCUUUGUCCCCGCCCACACGCCGCCGGGGGUCGUUUGCACAAUGGGCGGGGGCAGGGCGUGGUCGUGGGGCGUGGCCAGGGCGGUGCCACACCCACAGGUGUGAGUGGGAAGGGGCGUGGCCGCCCCGCCCAUUGGUGCAGGUGAGCGGGGGCGGGGCGGGGCCGCACCGGUGGGCGUGGCCGCGUGGGGGCGGGGCCGGGUGGGGCAGUUGCGAUCGCGGCGGGUCCGGCGGCGCUCGCAGGUCCCGGUCCCGCGUGUCCCCCCCCCACGCGCGAUGUCCGGCGGGUAUUUCACGCACGGGGGGGUCGCGUUCCCGCGGUUCCUUUACUCCCCGCGGGGGCUCGAGGCCGCUCGCGAGUUCCCGGUGGAGGACGACGACGUGUUCAACGUCACCUACCAGAAAUCGGGCACCGUGUGGAUGCUGGAGAUCCUGAGCCUGAUCCGCAGCGACGGGGACCCCGGCUGGUGCCGCUCGUGCCACUGGGACCGCGGCCCCUGGCUGGAGACGCUGCUGGGGCUGCGGCGCGCGCGCCAGAACCCGCGGCCCCGGCUCAUCAGCUCCCACCUGCCCGUGCAGCUCUUCCCCAAGGCCUUCUUCACCUCCAAGGCCAAGUCGGGGCGGGGGGGGCAGGGGCAGGGUGGGAGGGGCUCGGGGGUGGGGUUCCCCAUGUGUGAGACCCCGGGUUGUGCCACGUUUGUGCCACUUCGUGCCCCAACACAUAAGGAGUUUUUCAGCGUCAAGGUCAAGGUCAGGGUCAAGGUCAGGGUCAAGUUCGGGGUCAGGGGCGGGGUCAAGGUCAAGGCCGGGGUGUCCCCAGGUCAUUUACACCGUGCGGACCCCAAGGACGUGCUGGUGUCGCUUUUCCACUUCUCGCGGAUCUUCCGGCCCUACAAGGACCCCGGGACCCUCGAGAGCUUCCUGGAGCAGUUCCUGCGGGGGGAGGUGCCGUUCGGCUCCUGGUUCCAGCACGUGCGGGUGCUGCAGCUGCGCGGCCGCCCCAACUUCUUCUGCAUCAGCUACGAGGAGCUGCAGCAGGACCUGCGCGGCAGCGUCGCCCGGCUCUGCGAGUCUGGCCGCCCGCUGAGCGCCGGCGCCAUCGACGCCGUGGUGGCCAACGCGUCCUUCGCCGCCAUGAGCCAGAACCCCAUGAGCAACUUCAGCCUCUCGCCGCCCUUCAUCCUGGACCUGCGCAGGGGGCCCUUUGUCCGUGCAGGCGUGUGCGGGGACUGGCAACACCUGAGCGCGGAGCAGAGCGCCGCUUCGACCUGCGCCUACCGGCGGCACAUGGCGGGGCUGGUCUCCUUCCCCUGGGACCCCCCCCCGGAGAGCCCCCCCGGCGGGCACCGCGGGGGAGGACACGACCCCCCGGAACCCCCCCAGGACCCCUCCGCGACCCCCCCGAGCCCUCCCGGGACACCCCCUCCCGACACCCCCACCCUGACACCCCCCCCGAUCGCCUCACCCUGAACCCCCCCACCCUGACCCCACCCCCCAACCCUCCCACCCUAACCCCCUCCACCCUCACCCCCCACCCUGACCCCGCCCCCCCAACCCUCCCACCCUAACCCCCUCCACCCUCACCCCCCACCCUGACCCCCCCCAGGGAUCCCCCCACCCUGACCCCCCCAACCUCAUACCCUAACCCUGACCUCACCCCGAUCCCCCCAACCUGACCCCCUCCACCCUGACCCCACCACCCUGACCCCCACCCACUGGACCCCCCCACCCUGACCCCCCCCACCCUAACCCCCUCCACCCUGACACCAC